AUGCUCAUGUGCUCCAUCUUCCCUGUUCCCCCGCUCCAGGAGAUCCAGAGGCUGACCUUGCAGCUCAGAGACAAGGAGCUGGAGCUGGAGAGCAUCAGGUGUCAGCCCGACCACGAGAAGGACCGCAACAUCCAGAAGCUGCGGUCGGCCUUGGAGGAGAGGGAGCGGUCCGAGGCCACCAGAGCUGUCCUCUGCAACUCCCUAGUGGAGGAGGCCGACCAGCUGCGUGGGCAGCUCGGCACCACCGUGAAGGUGUGCCAGGAGCUCCUGGCGAGGCUGGAGAAGAAGGGCGAAGGAGAGGUGGAGGAGGUGGCCCACCAGCAGAGGGCUAAGGAGAUGGCAGAGUCCCCGGACAUGACUGUUGCCAACGCUCAAAUCGUUCAACUUCAGGAGGAGAAUAAACAGCUAAAGCAGCGAGUGGCAUAUGUACAAGGUUUGAAUUCCCAGUGGCAGAAGUACGACUCCAGCAGGGAGGACUAUAUCCGAGGAUUAUGUCAGAGGCUGAAGGAGAGCACUGGACAGGGCUUGGUGCCUGGGCUGGGUUCUCUCAGCACUGGGUUGCUUCAUCACGAGAUUUCCAGGCUCAACGGCUUACUGGAAGAGAAGAUGAGUGAGUGCGCACGGCUGGGAAGAGACGUCGAUGAUACAAGGAGGAAGGACCAAGAGUGCAUCCAGACAUUGGAGCAACAGGUUCUAAUCUACACAGAGGACUUUAAGUCGGAGCGUAGAGACAGAGAGCGAGCACAAGGCCAGAUCCAAGACCUGAAGGAGCAGGUUUACCAGUUAAAACAGCAGCUACACAAACAGCAGGGAGCCACCAGAGAGAGCAGUCGUGUGCACAUAGGACACAGGAUCUCCAUACGGAGACACAAGGACAAUACAGAGCAUCUACUGAGGACCACCGCCGAGACACAGCAACAGCCCGCAGCUGCUGCAGUAACAUCGAACCCCGUCUGGAGCGAGUUCCAGGACCUGUCCGAGCUGCAGUGUCCGCGUUGCCAGGCCAAGUUCAGUGACACAGACACUGCAGAGUACCUGAAACACUGGGAGGAAUGUGCCAAACUGUAAAUGAAAACUCAUUCGGAAAAGACAAUCAUUUGCUGACAGUAACUGAACACUGACGAGCAGCACUACACGGCAGAAAAUAACCUGGGUGGAGUUUCCAUUUUCGCGAGGUGUAACUACAAAUGAAUCAAUUGACGUAAGAUGUUUGUACAUAGAGAAACAAAAGUGUACAACCCCCAGAUCCCCUGUCACAGGAGAAAUGAGUUCAUCAAGCCUUUAGUUAAAAAAGAAAAAGUGUCAGGUUCUGAGUCCUGGGGCAACGCAUGGGAUUAUUGUGGAGGGGAAGAGGAUGUCGAUGCAAUAUAUCAAAUAUCAUAUACCUCAAUAUGUCCAAUUACAAACCUGUUGCACUUUCUUCACAUUUAGCCGAAAAACUAUUUGUAGGAUUGUACGAUUUAAAAGAUCCACGACGCAUAAGCUUCUUAUUUUGGAACUAGAUAUCUAGUCAAUAAUGUGGUGCUAUUAAUAGUUUA